AUGUUAGUUCAGUGUAGAGCGGUGCUUUAUUUCUUUGUCAUAGGCGAAAUCUGCGGAGGAACUGUUAUUAAGCGCGAAGAGGGUUGGGAGAAUUAUUUUGAUAGCGAAGAUCCAAACUGGCUGCCAGAGGAUUAUGAAACUCUGUCUGCCUUUGAUGAGAUUUGGAAAGUAAAUGAAGCUGAGGACGUCACUGACUUACUAGAAGGUGAUAUCAAAACUGAUCUUGAUUCAAAAAAUGCCACCGACGAGGAAAAGAUUAACGAUGCAGUACGAAGCCGACAGUAUACAUGGAGGACGAAGAUCAUUCCAUACGAAAUCUCUCAAGAGCUUGUGUCAUCUGGUUACAUGGCAAAUAUUCGAGCUGCAGUUGCUGAGUUUAAUAAGUACACUUGCAUCAAAUGGAAACCAAGAGGAAAAGAGAAAUAUUGGGUCAGAUUCAUCAAGGGUAAAGGGUGUUGGUCACCGGUUGGGUACAGGCGAAAAUCACCUCAGUUGAUUUCCCUUGGAGUUGGUUGCAACCAAAAAGGCAUAAUCUGCCACGAAAUGAUGCAUACUCUUGGGUUCUACCACGAACAAGGUCGACCGGACCGAGACAAAUACGUGGCAAUUUACUGGGAGAAUAUUCAACCUGGAAAGGAACACAACUUUAAAAAGCAAAGUGAGGAAGACCUUGAUCCUUUGAACGCACCGUACGAUACGGGCAGUAUCAUGCAUUAUGGCAGGUACACAUUCAACAAAAAUGGCAGACCAACAAUCGAGGUUAUCGGUAAUCCCUAUAAAGUAAUUGGACAGCGGUUUGGAUUCAGUAAAACAGAUAUUGAACAGUUAAACGCUCUAUAUGACUGCUCCAAUGAUGCAACAGGCGGCUGGAGUUCGUGGACAAGUUUUGGUCCCUGUUAUAAGCUUAAUUCUAAAUGCCUUCAUGAUCGCCAGAGAUACUGUUCAAACAAAAAUAGAGAUAAGUGUCCUGGUGCAAACAUGUAUGGUGUACAGACACAGACAAAGCCAUGUCCUCAUAGCUGUUCCUUGCCAGUUGACGGCCAUUGGGGUCGUUGGUCGUCAUGGUCACCUUGCAGUGUAACAUGCGGGUAUGGCACCCACACUAGAACAAGAAAAUGUAAUGAUCCACCUCCAAAGAAUGGUGGAGAAGAAUGUGGUGGAGACAGGAAAGAUGUUGGCAAGUGUCUAAGGACAGUUUGUGAUCUUGGUCCAUUUGAUGUUUCAUUUGAAUCAGAAGGUAUGCAUGGCUGGAAAUUGUGCGAAUCGCACAAAGAGAAGAAUCGACCAAAUUGGUAUUUCAGUAUGGGAAUAACCGGAUCACCUUUCACAGGACCUGUUAGAGAUCACACUACGGGCUCAGGAAGAUACUUAUUUUUUGAAGCAUCAGCCCCGGCCGAGAAUGGAGACGUCGCCUGCUUUCACAGCCCUAAGAUUCCUCCAACAUCUUGUCGACGAUUGACGUUUUGGUAUCAUAUGUACGGAGCUCAGAUGGGAACACUGAGGGUCCUAAAGAAAACAGCGGAUGGAACAGCAACAACUCUGUGGAAGAGAUCCUUCAUGCAGGGAACACACUGGAUGUUCGCUAACGUAGUAAUUUCUUGCAAAGAAAAAUUUCAGAUUUAUUUCGAGGGGAUUCGUGGUUCAGGUUUUAAAGGAGACAUUGGUAUAGACGACGUGAGGAUUAAAGACUGCAGUGGUUAGCCAAUCAAAGCUAAACGUCAAUCCCGCACUAUGUGCCGAAUCGCCUGGCAAGUGGAUCACGGAGAAAACAUUAUUAUCUCCAACAUCCCCUCUUAAUCUUUCAAUGACAACUGUGGUUGAAUUGUCUUCCGAGGCUUAUAAUAUUUUCAUCAGAGCUGGUCUCUGCGGUUCGAAGAACAAGUAUUUUAAACUAGUGCUAGCAAGAGCCAUCUUAAUGUAAAACCCAAUUUUUUAAAAAUAGUUUAAAGCAACGUGUGGAAACUUAUACGGAGAAUCAAUUAUAUCUUUUAAGUUUAAAGGAUAAGGUCACUUCGGUUUGCUACAUAGCCUUCAAAGACACCUGCGAAUAUACAAAAGGCUACUUAGUGAAUUGCCAUAGCGCUGUUUAAGAGAAAUUGGCUUUGAACCUGGCAAUUCUAUUGAGCACCUUAUGGUCUUCCGAUAUCGGGUACUAUAAUGUUCAGAUGAUCAUUCGUGAUCAUUCGAAUAAAGAUG